AUGUCAUACCUAUCAGGAGAAAAAAAGAUUCACCGUGCUGGUCAAGUUGAUGGUGAUGAUGAUGAUUGCGAUGAUGAUGAUGAUGAUUGCGAUGAUGAUGAUGAUGAUGAUGAUGAUGAUGAUGAUGAUUGCGAUGAUGAUGUUGAUGAUGGUGAUGAUGAUGAUGAUGUAGAGGAUGAUGAUGAUGAUGAUGAUGAUGAUUGCGAUGAUGAUGAUGAUGAUGAUUGCGAUGAUGAUGAUGAUGAUGAUGAUUGCGAUGAUGAUGAUGAUGAUGAUGAUUGCGAUGAUGAUGAUGAUGAUGGUGAUGAUGAUUGAGAUGAUGAUGAUGAUGAUUGCGAUGAUGAUGAUGAUGAUUGCGAUGAUGAUGAUUGCGAUGAUGAUGAUGAUGAUGAUGAUGGUGAUGAUGAUGCUGAUGUUUCUGAUGACGACGGGGAUUAUGAUGAUGAUGAUGAUUAUGAUGAUGAUGAUGAUAAUGGUAUUGAUGCUGAUGCUGCUGAUGAUGAUUAUGGUAAUGAUGAUGACGAUUAUGGUAAGGAAAGUUUCAGAAUACUUGGUGAUGAUGAUAAUGGUAUUGAUGGUGAUGAUGAUGACGAUUAUGGUAAGGAAUGUUUCAGAGUACUUGGUGAUGAUGAUUAUGAUGAUGAUGAUGAUAAUGGU